UUUACCCAAACCCUAAAAUAAAAAAGCUCUGUUGAAGCUCAAAACUUGAAGAAAAUUUUGGGCUAAUGAAGAACAGUUGCAGAGACCUGAGAUUAUAAUUAGGGAAUUUGGGUUGAUGAAGAAGCCAAAAACGAGCUUUCUUGAACUAAUGAAUGAAGGCUGCGAAAUGGAGUUUACGUGUUUUACUGCAGAAGCGCCAUUGUUCGACAAAUGCAAACAUCACAACGUUGUUCAACAAAUAUGUAGACAAGACGAAUGUAUUCUCCUGGAACUCCAUCAUCGCCGAGUUGGCUCGCAGCGGCGACUCUGUCGAAGCCCUCAAGGCGUUUUCCUCCAUGCGCAAGUCCGCCCUCAAACCCAACCGUUCAACUUUUCCUUGCGCGAUAAAGUCAUGCUCUGCCCUCUGCGACCUUGCAUCAGGAAAGCAAGCCCACCAGCAAGCAUUCGUCUUUGGUUAUGGUUCUGACCUUUUUGUAUCAUCUGCACUAAUUGAUAUGUACUCCAAAUGCGGUCAGUUGCGGGAUGCAAGGAUUCUGUUCGACGAAAUUCAUAUGAGAAACGUGGUUUCUUGGACCUCGAUGAUUAAUGGCUAUGUUCAGAAUGAUUGUGCUCGCGAGGCGUUGUUGCUUUUCAAGGAGCAGUUAGCUGAAGAAAGCGGGGGCAGCAUGGAGGAGGAUGGGUGCGUUGAUGGUGUUGCUAUGGUUUCUAUUUUGGCGGCUUGUUCACGUACUUGUGAGAAGAAUGUGACGCGAGGGGUUCAUGGGUUUGUCAUUAAAAGAGGAUUGGAUGAGGUUUUGGGUGUUGGUAACACUUUGAUUGAUGCGUAUGCCAAGUGUGGCCUGGUGGAUUUUUCGAAGAAAGUAUUUGAUGAGAUGAAUGAGAAAGAUUUGAUAUCUUGGAAUUCUAUGAUAGCGGUUUGUGCUCAGCAUGGGUUGGGUGAGGAGGCGAUUGGAGUUUUCCAGUCAAUGGUUUGGUGUGCGGAGGUUGAGUAUAAUGCUGUGACUUUGUCAGCUGUGUUGUUAGCUUGUGCACAUUCAGGAGCUCUUCGGACAGGCAAGGGCAUGCACACUCAGAUUAUAAAGAUGAAUUUGGAGAGUAAUGUAGUUGUUGGUACUUCAAUCAUUGACAUGUACUGCAAAUGUGGGAGAGUAAAUUCGGCAAGGAGAGCAUUUGAUAGGAUGAACGAGAAGAAUGUAAAAUCAUGGUCUGCCAUGAUUGCUGGCUAUGGAAUGCAUGGUAAAGCAAGGGAAGCACUUGAAGUAUUAUCUGACAUGAUUCGGGCUGGGAUAAAACCAAACGGUAUCACUUUUGUAUCAGUCCUCUCAGCGUGUUGCCAUGCUGGUUUGGUGGAUCAAGGAUGGCACUGGUUUUGUGCAAUGCAGCAUAGGUUUAAUAUAGAACCGUCUGUGGAACACUAUGGCUGCAUGGUUGAUCUCCUAGGUCGUGCAGGUUUUCUUCAAAAGGCCUAUAAUUUGAUUGAGGAGAUGAGGGUGAGGCCUGAUUUUGUUAUUUGGUGUUCUCUUCUGGCUUCAUGCAGAAUACACAAAAAUGUGGAGCUUGGGGAGAUCUCUGCUAGGAAAUUGUUUGAGUUAGAUCCUAAUAACUCAGGAUAUUACACACUGCUCUCAAACAUUUAUGCUGAAGCUGGGAGGUGGGAAGAUGUGAAAAAAAUGCGGAUAUUUAUGAAAAAUCAUGGAGUAGUUAAAUCCCCUGGGUUUAGUCUUGUUGAACUAAAGGGUAGAGUUCAUAUAUUUCUUGUUGGAGAUAGGCAACAUCCUCAGCAUGAGAAGAUCUAUGCUUACCUGGAACAACUAUCUGUGAAGCUUCAAGAAGCUGGGUAUGUACCAAGAGUGGCUUCAGUUCUUCAUGACGUAGAUGAGGAGGAAAAGGAAAUGGUGUUACAAAUUCACAGUGAGAAGCUAGCCAUUGUUUUUGGAAUUAUGAAUUCGACUCCUGGCACAACCAUCCAGGUUAUUAAAAACCUUAGAACUUGCGAAGAUUGUCACACGACUAUUAAGUUGAUGUCCAAGAUCACGGGCCAUGAAAUAGUGAUAAGAGAUCCGAAACGGUUUCACCAUUUCAGCAAAGGCACUUGUUCAUGUGGAGAUUAUUGGUGAUGUUAUCGCUAGAGUUUAGACUUUGUAUACCACCAUGGUCUGGGUUCUACCCACAAACUAACUAAAUUGCAAGAAUUCUAUCCA